GACACGGACACGCUGCCAUCAUCAGGGAAGAAGGAAUCCAAUCUGGUUUCACGCUCUGUUCAUCGCAUUGCUUGCCAGGCCAUCAAUUGUUGCGUGAGUGAUGGCUGCAUCGAUGGAAUUCAAUUCAAUCCAAGAACACACCCAUCAACCACCCAUCAAACCAGACUUACAACUUACUUGUCUUUCAAGUGAUCUUCUCCAUUGAAAUCCUAAGUGAAAGAUAUCAAGUUCCGCAAAAGAAAGCAUUCUAUUGCAAUUCAAGAUGAGCGCCAGUAUGAGCGCAAGUCUGAGCGAUACCGGCAGUGAAGGCAGUCUGUUGGACGAAGAGCGUCCCUUUUUGGUGUCUUGCAGUACUACUUCCACAAGUACGACAAGCUCUACCAGAACCAACAGUCCAACCAUGAUGACAACAACUUCCAUCAUUUCCACUACUGUGGCGGAAGACCAAGAAGACGCCGCUUGUUCUGCGGCAGCCCAAGCAUUGCUGAGUCGUCAAUUGAGCGUGUCGCAUCGCAUGCGUGUCUUGACAUUCUUUGCGGCCAUUGGCGGAUUCCUGAGUGGCUAUAAUACCGGUGUCAUUGCCGGCGCUCUAUUGCCACUCAAACGAGUCUUUGAUUUGAGCAGUGAACAAGAAGAAGCCAUUGUCAGUGCGACGAUUGUGAGUGCUUGCAUCGCCAGUAUUGUGGGAGGAACCCUCAAUACGUACCACGGACGACGGGGGACGCUGUUGCUGGCCGCCGCCAUUUUCACGGGAGGCGCACUGUUGUUGUGGACGGCACAGAAUUACACUUGUAUCUUGAUUGGUGAAAUUCUGUUGGGCAUUGGCAUUGGAUUGGAAAGUCUCACAUCGCCCCUCUAUAUUGCCGAAGUGGCCAAACCUAGUAUGCGCGGCAAACUUGUGUCGGCAUAUGCCCUCAUGAUGUGCAUGGGACAGUUUGUAGCGGGAAUCAUGGAUGGUGUCUAUGCACAUCUACUGCCCGAUGGAUGGGCGUGGAGGGCCAUGUUUGGAACGGCCAUGGUGCCCGGCAUGGUCAUGUUUACCGGGUUUCUAGGAUUGCCCGAAUCACCCAGUUGGCUCAUGAUGGCAUCUACUUCUACCAACAAUACAAGUUGUAGUAUGGAGCAACAAGCAUUCACUAUACUACAGUCCGUUCGUGACACGGAUCAAGAAGUGGAACUCGAACUGCAGUCGUUACGACAAACGGCUCGUCAUGUUACCACUACUACACAAGACGACAACAACGACAACACUCCUCACAAUCACAAGACUUCCAUUCUCACUAGUUUCACACAAAUGACUCGAGACGUGGCCACUCGCAAUGCCCUCUUGGUGGGAUGUGGACUCAUGAUUCUCCAACAAAUCUGUGGCGUCAAUGGUGUACUCUACUAUGCCGCCAGUGUCUACGAAAUGGCAGGAUUUGAUGAACUCACCAGUAUUUGGUUGUCCGCCUUUACGGCAUUUGCACAAAUCAUUGGAUUGGCACUGGCGGUGGUACUCAUUGAAACGGCGGGGCGGCGUGUCCUCGUCCUCACGUCAUUGUGUGGCAUUGGAUUGGCAUCGCUGGGAUUGGGAUAUUCCUUUUAUGCCGCCCGUAUCUACUCGCCAUCCACUCUCUAUAUUGAUCCCGCGUGUGCGGCACAACCCGCACUUGUCUGGGAUGGCAUUACUCGCAAUUGUUGGGAUUGUACCUCCAUUCCCGGAUGUGGAUUCUGUGGCAAUGCCUGUGUUCGAGGCACGCCCGAUGGACCCCUAUUUAUGGCGGGUGAAUCGCAAUUCUCGUGUCCUGCCGAUACGGAUUGGUCCUACAAUGUCUGUGAAAAUCCCUACGGAUACCUGUCGGUGGUAUUCAUGGUCGUCUACCUGAUUGUCUUUGGUAUGGGCAUGGCAGGAUUGCCAUGGACCGUCAAUUCCGAAAUUUAUCCCGUGCGGUUCCGAUCCCUCGCCGUUUCCUUUUCGACGGGGACCAAUUGGCUCUCCAAUUUGUUGGUGUCGUCCACCUUUCUGACCAUUAACAGCCCCGCCGUCCUGACCAGUUAUGGAUCCUUCUAUCUGUAUGCGACACUGUGCUUUGUGGGAGCCGCCACCAUGUACGUGUAUCUGCCAGAAACCAAGGGACUUUCCAUGGCACAAAUUGAAGUGGCAUUUGAACAUCUCGGAAGUAGGGACAACAUGACAUCAUCAACAACCAUUACUGGCGAACAAGCACCCCUACUUUCUUCCCACAAGUAUGAUAUCGAUCCACAAACGGGUGCCUUUGGAACUUGCAAAAGCACGUCUUAUGGAACUAGCAGCAAACAGGGCGAUGCCACGGUGCAAACCUGCGAUUCUUCCGAUGCCGAAACACCGCCCGAGCCGCUCUAGUAAUGAUAUACACAUACACACGAUAGCAUUCGCAAACUACAACAAGCAACAACGACAAGUCAAGUCAGUGGAAACACAGCCAGUCAAGUCAGUCAGUCAGUCACCAAAUGAUGGACGCCGCAGCAUCAUUGGGGCACCAACCACACUAAACAACAUCCACACGAACACACUCUCAUAAUCCUUCCUUCCUUUCGUCGGUACUACACUGGAGACCUUACUCCGCUGCAACCGCCACAAUCCAAGCCAAGAACUCCCCAAACCAAGCAGGCCUUCGGCAAUCCAAACAAAACGUCGUGUCGCACCAGGCAAGACAGAGCAGGCCCACAAGGGGAGACGACCAAGGGCAAUCCAAUCAACAAGCAAACGUACAACAUUACAGCCAUGGCAAUGGACAGAAAAGCAAGAACACCACUACAGGACACAUCCACAUUCAUUGUACAAGUUAGAGAUCUUUAUACUCCUGGAAUAUUAAUUAAUUCUAUGCAUAGAUUCAAAGAUAAUACAGACAGUUACAUGUACUA